ACCGCCUUACCCUUCCACGCUUAGCAUUCUAUAUAUGGACUGUGGGCUAUACUGAACCGACACAUCUUCUUUUGAAUUACUCGAGCUGUAAGCAUGUCUACAGCGAGCGCACACGAAUACCACCAAAGACAGCAUCUGCCACCCAGUCCACCGCCGUCACCACCUGUGCAAGCAAAACCAGAACCCAGAAAGCGACGGCAUAAGAAGAAGCCCGAUCCAUUUGAGCAACUUGCGACUACACCCAUACCCUCGCUGCCAUCCUCUCCCACAAAUGACGUGAACGCCAACGAUGAGCAGGAGCCCCUUGUGAAACGAAUUAUUCUCACACCCAUCUUUUUUAUAUCCUUCCUCAUUUCGCUGUUUCUCGUAAACUAUCGCAACCGCGCGCGUCGCACAGAGGCACAGCGUUCAUCGGGCUUCUCCCUCCUCGCCUACCUUACUCCUUCAAGCUGGCUCGACCCGGAGCCCUACCAAGACCCUGAUGACUCUACUUGGGGUCGAAGAGGCACAAUUGGGCAUGUAGAGCCCCAUGACGCCAUAGGGCCCAGGCAAGAUGGUCAAGGCCAGGGCCAGACCAAGAAGAAGAAGUCCUGGCAUUUGCAUAGGAAGAUUAGACAGGUGGCUAAGCUGGAGAUUGGAGAUGCCCUAGAGAUGCGUGGACGUGUCAUCGUGGUUAUGGUUGCCAUAAUGGGAUUAGGGUGUAUUGGCUUAUGGAUGGUCCUGAAGUGGUUUGUUGUGUGCAUGUCGAACAUGCUGUUUGGGACAAAAUCAUAAGGGCUUCACAAUUUAAGAAGCUGAAUAUACGCAUGCAAGGGUUAUCAGCCAAAGGCAUAUGAUGGAAAAACGGUCUUGUAUGGCGGACGCUAUGGUUACACUAACAUACGAUCCAAAGAAACGAAACGAUCAUGAGUACACCCAAA